AUGUGGGUGGUGCCUCUUGCAUUCAUCGGUAUUGGCAUCGUGUCUGCUCAGUAUACCUCUCAGACAUACCCAGAUCCUCGCCUGGAUCCAAUCACUUGUCGUCUACCGCUGAGUAGUUAUAUCUGCGACCCAUCAUCUAUUUUAAGCGAUGAAGAGCGCUUGAGACUGGUAGAGCGAGUGAACCAGUUUCGAACAAUGACGGCCGGCAUCCGGAACACAUCACCAGCGUGCGCAAUACAGCCCGAUAGGAGCCUCGAUAUCUUUGUCAUCGUUAUCGAUAAAAUCGGCAGCAUUCCUGGUGCUCCAGUAGACAUCGAGAAGUUUACCAAUAAUCUUAAGAGACGAUUCCAGAACUAUCAGGAUAUCUCCGCAUGUGAUACAACUGUGCUCAUCGUCAACUCUAAGCAGGAUCGUCAGGUGUUCACCGUUGCUGGUCGAGACACGCGCAUUCCUAAGGAUACGUUAAGGAACGCUUUCGAAAGGAAUAUUGGUUAUUUCAAAGCCGGGAACUAUGCAAUGGGUAUUGAAGGAAUGGUUGAGCUCAUAGUGGCAACCUACUCGAAUGCCCACAUAAUGCAGAUUCCAAGGCCCGACAACCAGCAGUGGGAUUUCGAUGAUUUUUUAACGGUUAUCUUGAUGGCAUUAUGGCAACUACCUACCUGUUCUUAUAGGGUGGUUGCAACACCUGAUCCCACUAAGUUUGUGCCGGAUAUCCGUUCAACGCCAGAAACUGUUGCACCAUUUCGAGCAGCAGGACUACCCAAUAGUGUCCAUCCCGUCAAGGUAUUCUCGUCGAACAGUGCAAUUGAAAUAAACGAAAACGACAAGGUUUGGGUGACAAUAAUGCAGCAAGCAGUAGCUAGAUGUGGCUCAGAACCGGAGUUGCUACCGGUGCAUGUUCGUGCUGUUGUGGAAGAAGCGAUGAGCAUAUCACUGAAGUUGAUUUCUGAUUCUCGGUAUAACAGUAUAGAAGAAGAGGUGGAGGCGCGUAAAGACGUCACUGGCAUACGUGAAAGGUGGGACCAGUUUUUCACUGCAGUGGUGUCAUCAGCAAUCAUUCGUUAA